CUCCCGACUCCCGUGUAUGAAAAUGGCGGCUGUUGUUUAGGUCCGUGAAUACGUUCAUCGCGUAACUUUCCCUAUCGUAGUUUUAAUUCGUAAGUUAAUUUACUCUCAAUCGGAUAGGUUCAAGUGUUUUAGCUCGCCAUUCAGUUAUUUUUCACCUUCGGGCUCAGAGAAUGUUUGAACUUCUAACACUCUUUCGUUGAAGUCGACUAGCACCAAUGCAGACCAGUGGAGCAUCUCUGAUUUAAUUCUUUCAUUUUUGUUGAUCUGGAAGUUCUGUUCGUUUUAUAUUCAGCCGAAUUUUCUUUCGUUAAAUAUCUUUUAUGCGUUGGUUCCUAGUUUUCACAAGCCGUUUUUCUUUCUACCAUUUUCCCAAUCACUAGGAUGCAGACAAGAGUCGUCCGCUAAGGUUAUCAACGUUUUCUGUGUAUAUACGCUGCCUCAAGUGUUAAUAUGACGAACAUUUAAGUUCAUAAAUCGUUGAUUUUCCUGUCUAGUUAUGUUUCAUUUAUGAUGGAUUGUCUUCGGCACGGUGUGGCUGUUUAAUUUUGUGUGUUUGACGUGAGUUGGCUGACAAACUGAAAGAUGACAGACACUCGAAGGAGAGUUAAACUCUACGCUUUAAAUGUUGAUAGACAGUGGGAUGAUCGAGGAACAGGCCAUGUUUCGUCUACUUAUGUCGACCGCCUGAAAGGGAUUUCCCUUUUGGUGCGAGCGGAGGCAGAUGGUUCUUUACUGCUAGAAUCAAAAAUUUUACCAGACACUUUGUAUCAGAAGCAACAAGAUACCCUGAUAGUGUGGGCUGAAGGAGAUAAUUUUGAUUUGGCACUAAGCUUCCAGGAAAAAGCAGGUUGUGAUGAGAUUUGGGAGAAAAUAUGCCAGGUUCAAGGAAAAGACCCGUCUGUUGAUAUUACACAAGAAGUUGUUGAAGAAUCAGAAGAUGAGAGAUAUGAUGAAAUGCCGGACUCAGGUCCUCCUAUCGAACUACCUCCUGUUGAACUUGGACGUCUAGAGGAAAUCAAAAGAUUGAUUAGUUCAAAUAUAUCAUCCUCAACAAGGAAAGAAAAAUUAGCAGAAGCGAUAGAAAAUGAAUGUUAUAUUAGUAAGUUGAUGGAUGUUUUCCAUAUGUGUGAAGAUCUUUCCAACAUGGAUGGGCUGCACCACUUGUAUGACAUAAUGAAAACAAUUUUUCUCCUCAAUAAAAAUGCACUAUUUGAAGUGAUGUUUGCUGAUGAUUUAAUAUUUGAUAUCGUAGGAUGUUUGGAGUAUGACCCAUCAACAACUGCGCCAAGAAAACACAGGCAGUAUCUUAGGACGAUGUCUAAGUUCAAAGAAGUGAUUCCGAUCUCAAAUCCAGAACUUCUGGCUAAAAUCCACCAAACUUAUAGGGUGCAAUAUAUUCAAGAUGUAGUGCUACCUACACCUACUGUCUUUGAAGACAACAUGCUAUCUGCACUUUCCAGUUUUAUAUUUUUCAACAAAGUAGAAAUAGUUACUCUAAUACAGGAAGAUGAAAAAUUCCUUCCUGAUCUACUGGGGCUAUUAACAGAUGAAAAUACCCCGGAUGCAAAACGAAGGGACUUAGUUUUAUUUCUAAAGGAAUACUGUAAUUUUGCUCAUAGCCUGCAGCCUCAAGGAAAAGAAAGCUUCUAUAAGACACUCUCAUCUUUAGGUAUCCUGUCAGCAUUAGAACUUACUUUGCCGUCUGAUGACUUACCUACAAAGACUGCUUCAAUCGACAUACUCACGUAUAUAGUUGAAUUUUCUCCAUCUGUUGUAAGAGAGUAUACUUUGCAGCAAGCAUCAACAAGUGAUGAAGAGGAACUACUUCUAAUCAACGUUAUAAUAGAUCAAAUGAUAACCGAUACAGACCCAGAGCUAGGACGAGCUGUUCAGCUAAUGGGAAUCCUGAAGAUUUUGAUCGAUCCAGAAAACAUGCUUGCAUCGAGUAAUAAGUCGGAGAAGACAGACUUCCUCACUAAUUUUUACAAGCAUAGUAUACACGUCUUAAUAGCACCCCUGCUCGCAAACACUGUAAGCAAUGAACCUGCUAAGGAUGAUUGUCAAACUGUUCAGUUACUCGGAAUCAUCCUUGAACUCCUUUCUUUCUGUGUAGAACAUCACUCUUACCAUAUAAAAAAUUGUAUCCUCACCAAAGAUCUUCUUAGGAGAAUACUUGUUCUCAUGAAGUCAUCGCACACGUUCCUAGUUUUAUGCGCUUUAAGGUUUAUGAGAAAAAUUAUAGCUUUAAAAGAUGAAUUUUACAAUCGAUACAUAGUUAAAGGCAAUUUAUUUGCGCCAGUGAUUGAUGCUUUCAUCAGGAACAAUGGAAGGUACAACUUACUGGACUCAGCUGUUCUGGAGAUGUUCGAGUUUCUAAAAUUGGAGGACAUCAAAUCCCUCUGUUCCCAUGUCGUAGAAAAUUAUGGAAAAGUCUUGGAUGAAGUUGAUUAUGUACAAACGUUCAAAGCGUUGAAAUUGAAGUACAAUCAAAAUCAGGACAAACUGAGGGACCGAGAUAAAACCUCUAUAGACAGUGUGCUCAGAAAUAGUAGAUUUAGACGUGAUCAAAGGCAGCUGGAAGAAGAGGAGGAAAUGUGGUUUAACGAAGAAGAUGAAUUCGAAGAAGGAGAAGCUGUGGUUCCAGCCAACGCUAGCAUUGCCAGCAAUAUCAUAGCGAAAAAAAUUAGUUCAGAGUUGGAUUCAUUAGUAGGUAAACCAGUCGGAGACAGGAAAAACGAAGGUUGCAGCGGUGGCAAAGCGGUUGGUGCUAAAGCAUCGCUGAUGAACAACAAUUUGUCCUCAUCUGGUCCCCUGAGCCCAACUUCAACAGACAAUAAGUGCGCUGCUCUUUUCAAUAAGGCCCUAGUGGACUACGAGGGUGACUCAGAUGAAGAGGAAGAAGAAGUGGGUCAGCUACUAUCACCCCACAAAAGACCUCGAUUUUCAUAGACUUAAUUGAACUGUGCCACCUUUUAAUGAUCGAAAUAAGUUGAUGAAUGGUAGAAUGAGUUUUUGUUAGGAGUGUUUCAUGUGAAUGAACAAUUCGUGAAUACUAUUUUAUUGUAAAAAGUUUUUGUUUACUUUUAAUUAUGUGUACGUAGUUUAUGUUUUACAAUUGAUCAUCUGAAAGAAGGCUUGCAACCGUCAAUCCCUAAAAUGAGAAGAAUCGCGAAUUUUGUAAAUUACUAAGAAAUAUUAUCGUAACAAAUGUUGCUCUAUUUUUAAUGCUCACUCGUAUGUUGUGUUUUAUAAAAGGGUGUCAUUUGUAAGGUACACUAUUUUAAUCGCUAUUAAUAUACGUUUUUUAAAGAAAA